UCUGCUGUAGGGUAAGCUGCUACUUUAUAGUGUAUGGCACUCAUCCCGGACAAUUCACAGAUUGACUGUCCGUCUGCAAUAGAUGAGAAUUCAGUAUGUGUAUAUCAUGCAUUUAAAAAGGCACAGGAAAGGUUGUCAUCUAUAAAUAACAUGAUUUGAUUUACUGAAGCAAAAAUGACAUCUAUAAAUAAGGUAAUUUUAUUCAGUAGAGCAAUUGUGAUACAAUCUUACAAUGUGACUGAGAGCCAUUUUUAUUGAUCACUUCAAAUCAAUUGUGUUGUUGCAUACAAAUUGGUACAUCACCCAAUCACAUUUAUGACUCCCCUACAUCAGUACACAUGGAAUGUUGCUCUGUAUCACUGGAUGUUUGUUUAGCCAAGCUAAUACCUAAUCUGCCUCAUUGCUGUGAUAAUGUGAUAGAACAACUCAAAAUACUGAAAAUGACCAACCUCUACGCUACCUCUUCUGAUCCAAGAGCUAGCUGAGGGGUACAGACCUUUUUAAACCACACAAAGAUUCAUUCUCUUUUCUAAAUACUGGAUUUUGCAGGAAUUAAGUAAAAUCUCCACCUUAGGCAAAAACAUCUUUUGCCACCACAGAAUUUACUUAGAAGUUUCAACUUUCUGUCCUUGAGAAGAGCUGGUAGAAUUUGCUACAGAAAUCACUUUGCUUCCAUGGGCUUUUUGCAUCCUCAUUUGCCUUUCUAAGGACUCAGUGUAGAAGAUCUUGCUUUCUCCAAGUCAACCAUCCAAAAAUCCUAAGGAAAUGAACUUCUCUGGUGUUACUUUAGUAAAGAGAGUGAAUGCAACUGCAUACUGCCACCAGGAGACAGAGUUCAACACCUCCUCAAAUUCGGAUGAUGCUUCUUUGUACUAUUUGCUGGAUGAAUGGUCUCUCUACCUAUCAGGCACAAACGUGAAGAUGUUUUUAAUCCCUCCAGUUGUCUGCCUCAUGGCAGGUGUCCUCAUCAUUCCUACCAUCUUGUCUGUGAUCUUCUCUAGGUUUAGCAUCCGCCGGGAAACAAGGUACCUGCUGCUGGGAAACGCUCUGCUUUUCGAUCUGAUCUACCUGUUGUUCUACACCGUGUCAUCUGCUCUUAAUGCAGCACAUGUACCUUUCCCCAAGGAAGCUUGUGUCCUCUUAUUGUUUUUGCUGGCAGUGGCUUACUGUGGAGGACUGUUCACAGCUGCUGCAAUAGUCUUGGACACGUACAUAGCUGUCCUGUUUCCCUUGCGCUACAUUGCUAUUUUGCCUCCUUCACGAACUAAAAAAGUUAUUGUAUUAGUAUGGGUGUGUGCUGGGGCUUUCCCUGGGAUUUUCUUCUUGGUGCUAUCGAGUACUCGCAGCUUUGUGCCCUGUGCCCUGGAAAUGUGCUCGGUUCCAGUCAUAUUAAUAUUAACUCCACAUGGGACUGAUGCUGUGAAACUCUGUUUCUGGCUUUCUACCACGGUUAUCUUUCUCUGCCUGGCUCUUAUAUUUUGCUGCUACAUUACUCUGUAUUUUAAAACCAAACAAUCAGGUAUAUGGGAGAGCAUCUGCUCCAGAGCCAGUGUAACGUUCUUAAUGCACAACACUGUCUUAUUUUUUUACUUCUUCCCACUCAUGGCCCUAUUUGUAGAGUCAUUCUUGUGUGUUAAUGUUGUCGUCAAACUGAGGGUAGGAAUCUGGGUCUCCCUGACAGUCUGCAAUGUCCUGAUGAUUCUGCCUAAAGUUUUGUUCCCUUUUCUGUAUGGACUUCGAUACAGAGCGAUCUCAGCAUCUCUCAAAUCCGUUGUCAGAAGAGAGCAUCUUCGCCUGGUGUUACAUGCUCCAUCACCAUUCUGAGCCAACAUAGGGCACAGCCACAGGAGAAGGAGCUGUCCUCACCUUGUUAGCGUGCAAGCCUGACAGAACUCAGCUUCUGAAGAAGUGAUCUAAAGAAGAGGUUAUCAGUUCAUGUCAGAGAAGACGUGGGUUGAUGACUCUGCCUCCUUGGUGCCAGAAGACCCCCAGAUGUCUCAUUCCAUCACAGCUGAGAAUACAGCGAAUGUUACCCUAGAUAAAGUUCUAAGCUUUGUUCUGAUGUGGGAAGGCAGUAUCUUUUGGAGGAGAUACUGAAUCAAGACCAUUUUCACC